AAUAGGCACUUACUGCGCUUGUUUAUGAAUGCCGGAUAAAACGAAAAAAUGCUUCAGUACGCAAUUUCUCGAACUCUUUCAAAGGAGCAACUUAAAAAUAUGAAGGAUACUGAGGAACCAGAGACACCAGCAUCACCUGAUGUACCAGAGACAAUACGCAGAAAUCUGGCAGGAAUGGAUAGGCACGUCUCGUUAUCCCAUUAUCGACCCGAUUUGAUUGAUUAUAAAUCUAGCAAACCGUUGCUCGAAGGGAAUUUAAAUGAGAUAAAGAGAAUAACUUCUAGGUGCGUCAAGAUAUUCCUUUCAUCCACAUUUUCCGAUUUUGUCGAAGAAAGAAACGCCCUGAUGGAGCACGUAUAUCCAAAAUUGAAAGAUUUCUUUAGAGAUAGUUAUGGACUAGAGUUUCAUGCAAUGGAUCUUAGAUGGGGGAUAAUGCAAGAAUCCAGCGAUAAUCACAUGAUUAUUGAUUUUUGCUUGAAUGAAAUUGUUAAAUGUCAACAAACUUCGGCUGGCCCGAAUUUUGUUAUUAUGAUAGGUGAAAAAUAUGGAUACCGCCCAUUUCCACCGAACAUUGUCGAUAAAGAACUGGAGAUGAUUAGAAGUAAAUUACCAGCUAGUCAGGUUAAAUUGAUCGAUAAAUGGUAUCAAAAGGACGAGAAUAUCAUUCCAAAUCUCUACAGAUUGAGACCCAUCAGUACUUUCAUUCCAAAUUAUAACCACAGAGAUUCAAUAAAAAAAAGGGAGGCAGCUGAGCAGUGGUCAAAAUUAUAUAGUCAGCUACAGGAAUCUUUACGAAAAGGCGUUACACUUUGUAAUGAUGACGAAAUUUCGAAAGAAGAUAAACGCAAAUAUUUCAUUUCCGGUAUACACAUUUACAAUGGCUUCUUAUUGAAUAAACAAUAUUUAGCUUUUUCUCGCUUUCUUGUUCACGAAACAGUUACCGAAAUGGAAGUUGAUAAAGGUUUUGAAGUAAAUAAAAAUAUGGAGCAUAAAAAAAUACUCUACUUUUCACGAAAAAUUUCAAAAUUAGAAGAAAAUAAAAAUCAUGAAAAAUCUGCCUCAUAUCUAGAUAAAUUACCUGAUGGAACGAUAGAUAGAGAGACUCAGGAACAGCUAACUAACAUGAAAAAGAAGUGUGUGUCGAAGCUUCAAAGGAAGUUUAAUAAGUGCGACCUAACUGUCGAAUGGAACGACAAGGCAGAGCGUUUAACGAAGAACGAUGAAUAUCUUAAAAAAUUUUGUUACGAAUUCGAGAGUCGAAUGAAGAAUCUAGUUGGUCAAUCCUUUUUCGGCUUAAGCAGUGACCUAAUUUCCGACAGUUUUAUAAUCGAAUUAGAUCAGCAUCUCGCCACAUGCCGUAACAGAGCAGACGCUUUUAGGGGGCGUCAGUCAUUGAUCGAUAGUGUAAAAAAGUUAGUUACAACGGAAAAUGAUGGAAAUUUGACUGUUGUUGUUUACGGGAUUAGCGGAAGUGGUAAAACGUCGCUGCUGGCAAAAUGUGCUAGUUUAGCAAAAGAAUGGUUGCGAGAAAAAUAUCCUCAUUCCACACCUUAUUUAGUAAUCAGAUUUUUGGGCACCACUGCUAGAAGUUGUAGUAUUAGAUUGACGCUGGCGUCUAUAUGCACUCAAUUGGUAUUACUAUAUUUCGACUCUAAGAGAAGGCCAGAAAUACCAUCUGACUGGACAAACUUGAAGCAGUUAUUUCAGCGUUUGUUAGGCUGUGCUACUGAAGAGAAACCUUUAAUCCUCAUUCUAGACUCCUUGGAUCAAUUAUCGACUAGCAAUAAUUCUCAUUCCCUUCAAUGGCUACCUUGGAAAAUUCCACAGUAUGUUACUUUAAUUGUGUCUCAAGUUAGCAACACAGGUGGCGUCUGCGGUCGAUUGAAAACAAUUGUGCCAGAUCAACGAUAUCACAUUGAAGUCAAACCAUUGAGCAAAGAAAUGAGUUGGAAAUUAGUUGAUGAAUGGUUAGCUAAGGAGAAUAGAACUUUGACCACUUUUCAGGAAAAAGUUGUUCAACAAGCUUUUCUUGAGUGUUCCCUUCCAUUGUAUACAACGCUGGUUUAUGAGCAAGUAAAAAAAUGGCAUUCCUAUACUCCUCCAAAUCAGACGGUUCUUAAACCGUGCAUUCAAGCAAUUAUUAAUACAAUGUUUGAGAAUGUGGAAAUAAGUUUUGGAAAAAUUUUUGUUACUCAUACUCUGUCUUAUAUUACUGCGUCUCGAAAUGGUUUAUCGGAUCUGGAAUUAGAAGAUCUUUUAAGUUUGGAUGAUACAGUUUUACAAGAAGUGUUUCAGCAUUGGCUUCCUCCAACUAGAAGAAUACCACCAUUACUUUGGCCUCGCUUACAAGCAGAACUAUCUAGCUACAUUGUGAGGAGAGAGUCAGACGGGACUAUGGUAUAUUAUUGGUAUCAUAGGCAAUUCAUCAAAGUUGCAAAAGACAGAUAUUUAUCGAGUGACUCAUUAAGAACAGACUUUCAUUCGUCAAUAGCUGAUUAUUUUUUAGGAAAAUAUACACGAGGUUCAAAGAAAAGUUUUAAGGUUCCUAAAGUAGCUGGUUCCAGUCAGCGUUUCAAAGAAAUCGAGGCUGAUCGUAAAGUUCGGGCUCAGCCGCUAAUUUUUGGUACUGACACUCAGCGUCACGCUAAAACUCGAUACAAUAUGAGAAAAUUGAGUGAAUUGCCUUACCAGCUAAUACGCGCUGGUAGAAUUGAGGACUUAAAGAGUGAAGUCCUUUUUAACUUAAAAUGGCUAAAGACUAAAGUGGCUGCUCAGACUAUUCAGGACGUUUUAUCAGAUUUUAGACAAUUACAAGAAUCUAGUUAUGCAGUUGAUGACCCAGAAGUAUCACUCUUAGCAAAUACGCUUCAAUUAUGUGGCACAAAUGUUCAAAAGUCAGGGGGAGAAACGCUAGAUUUUGAGAUAUCAGCUCGUCUUUUACCUUUUUAUGACAAUAAGAAAUACGAAUAUAUAAGACGACUAAUUAGAUUUUGUGAUGGCAAAAGAGAAAAGCCGUCGGCGAUCGUUCCUCUAUUUGCUUGUUUAGAACCACCAAACCCUGCUCUCCGAUACCUCCUUGAAGAUCAUACAAAACACGUUCUAGAUUUAACGUUUUCCUCAAAUGGGAAAUACUUAUACAGUUUAAGUAAAGAUGGCACGCUGGGAAAAUGGGAUAUGAAGAUUGGCGAACGUCUAUUUAGUGUUCCCAUAGAUAAAAUUGACAAGGCCAAGGCUUCCAUCCAUCUAACGGCGGAUGAUAAAUAUGUGAUAACGACAGCUAUCAAGGAAGAUUGCGAGACGAGAAUAUUCGAUACGAAAUCGGGAUUACCAAAAGGCGGAAUUUUAAGGGCUCCCAAUAUAUCUAAUUUAAAGCACGUCGGUAGGCGAUAUUUUAUUAGGCAAAAAGAAGUGAUUAACGUCGAAACUGGAAAUACGCUAGUGAAUUUAGAUGAUUACUUGAGUAACUUCUCGUCAAACUCAUUAAGCAUAUAUGCUUUAGCUAUGACCCAUGACGAAAAGCUGUUGCUUCUUGGAACGAAGAUAGGUACAUUAAUAUUUGAUUUACAAACUAGGAGCUUACUUGGAACUAUAAAAUCUGAGAAUGCUGUUUCAAUCAUAAGCGUUUCAUUGGACGAUAAAAGGGCUUAUGUAGGUUACUCUGUAGAAUGCACUUUAAGUGUUGUUGACUUGAAAAAGGACUCCUGUAACUUUUGUAAGGAAAUAAUGAAAUUCGAACACCUAACAGAGGGUCGUAGAAAAUCUAACUUUAAGAGUUUACAGUUACUUGGCUUAUUCGAAAAAUCGAAAGGUGAGGGGAACGACUGUAUGAUACGAGAAAUGACUGGAAUAAAUUGUUGCCAAGAGGAAAAUAUUCUUCUGCUAAAUUUUGACAGAAAGGACCUAUUAUUGAUUGAUACUUCCAAUCAAAAUGCUCUAAAAGUGGUCGAAAUGACAGCUCCUCAACCAGAAGAUGAACAGGUUGAAAGAAGAUGGAGAAAUUGUUUCAUAACAAAAAAUAGUAAAAAUGCUAUAGCUACGGAGGAAAAGCAAUCACUCAUGCACAUCUGGCGUUUAUCAAUGUCGCCUAUAAGGGCCAACCAUGUCACCUAUGUAAAUGUUCAUAGUGACGGCCACUUUCCGAUUGCAAUAUCAGCUAGUGAUUCUCCCUUAUCAGCUACAGCGUCAAAUUUACAUACAGCUAUAAAAAUAUGGGACGUUCAGAAAUUCUCUUACUCUAAUCUAGAUGAUAACGAAAAUGUAAGAGAAAUAGAAGACAGCGAAUGUGUUGUAAAUACUGUUCAAAAGCUACCACAUAUCUAUAAUAAUCCAAUCGACUUGGUCGCUGCAGUUCCAUCGAAGGAGCUUCUCUAUAUUAAAAAAUAUAGGGCAAUAACGGCGGGCAGAAAAUCAGUAUAUACUAGUAAAGAUUGUUUUGGUAUAGAUGUCUGGAACAUUGUAACCCUAGAGAGCAAGUAUUUUUUACCCUUUGGUAAUUACGGUGACUUACUCGCGAUGAAAGCAACAAGCGAACGUCUUCUCCUCCUUAUAGCUAUUAGUUUGAGGAAAUACAGAUUUGCCAUUAUGGAUACAGGGGGUAGUGAAUCUAGUUUACUCUUAUUGCGAGAUAUUGAAGACGUAGCUAACGAUAUCAUUGUCUCACAUAAUGACAAAUAUGCUGCUGUUUUAGCUGCAUCAACAAUUCCAAUUUUUAAUAUAAAAACCGGAAACUACUUAAUGAAAUUGCCCCACACCCUAAUCGUUCGCUUUAUGUAUCAUCCUCAUGAAGAUUCUCUAUUAUUUUGUGAAAAAGGGACGUCCUUGACUUAUGUAAAUUUAAGUAAUGAAAAAGCAACCAAAUGUAACGACGUUUUAACAAGAUGCAAUUUGAAUAGGAUAGACGACAUUCAAUGUGUGCCUAAACGAGUUUCCGUAGUCCUAAUAACUGAAUACAUCGAAGGAACUUAUCCUCAUACUGUGGCUGUAGCAUUUAAAAUCGAUAAAACAAUAAAAAAUAUUAUACAGCUAUUCGAAUUUGAUGGAAUGUCUAAAAAUGGAUGGCUUUGCCUUAGUCCAGAUGGAAAAUAUGCUCUUGAUAAACAGCUUCAUUGCUAUGAUUUGGACGAAAACGUAAACACCAAACUUAAAUGCACAUUUUCUGCGUUCGGAAAUUCCAUUAAGCAAUGCUCUCUAUUUGGAUGGUUUACGGAAAAUAACACAAUUGUUUUCGUAAAUUCGGAGACAAAUAUUUUAUACGCUGGGCAUGCUGAAAACGGAACCAUUUUAGGCUGUGCAGCCAUGCAUGAGAGAAUUAGAAGUAUCGCAUUAUUUCGAGGAGGACUUGUUGCAGUACUUGGAAGAGAAGAUGGGCAUUUAAUUCCUGUUCGAAUAUUCCCUCCAGGAUAUCUGCGUUUGAACUCUAAUGAAGUAUCUCAGGAAACUGUUAAGGGCAAGGAUGAUUGGGAAAUGAUUACUUCAAAACCUAACAUAUCGUUUGAUGAGCCUUUUUUUUCUUGUAGUAGCUCAGAAAGUUCGCCUAAGAUGAAACGGAAGAAUCGUUUUAAAUUAUUUAUCAAAGAACGGGCUAAAAGUUUUGAACAUUUAUUGGUAAAACCACUAAAAACAGAGAGUGAAGCUAAACAUUUAUCAGGGGAACAAAAUAAGGAUGUUUUUAUUGCUAAAAGAACUUGUAGACUGUUAAAUAUUGCCGAUGCCGGAACAUAUCCUAUUGCUGACUUUUCUGUCUUGCCGUCAAAAAUUGAAAAGAGCUUACACUUGGUUCAUAAAAGUAUUCACGUUGAUCUCCCCGAGGGUUUUAUGAGCAUGUAUUCGCGUUCAACUCCUAAACGCAGUCUAUUUGAAGCUGAUACUUCCAAAUGUGCCUAUAAAACACUACCGAAGAAUUUUAAAAAAAAAUAUGACCUUGGUUAG